AUGACUUCUAUUCAACCGUCUCAGUCCUCAGAACCACCCGACUCGCCACAGGUCCAGGAGGCUUGCUUGCUCAACAGAGGUGACUGUCUCCAAGGCACCCCUGGCAGCCACCUGGACAUUCAACCGUCUCAGUCGUCAGAACCACCCAACUCGCCGCAGGUCCAGGAGGCUUGCUUGCUCAACAGAGGUGACUGUCUCCAAGGCACCCCUGGCAGCCACCUGGACAUUCAACCGUCUCAGUCGUCAGAACCACCCAACUCGCCGCAGGUCCAGGAGGCUUGCUUGCUCAACAGAGGUGACUGUCUCCAAGGCACCCCUGGCAGCCACCUGGACAUUCAACCGUCUCAGUCGUCAGAAUCACCCGACUCGCCGCAGGUCCAGGAGGCUUGCUUGCUCGACGGUGGUGAUUGUCUCCGAGGCUCUCCUGGCAGCCACCUGGACGUUCAGGAGGCUUGCUUGCUCGACAAAGGUGACUGUCUCCAAGGCUCUCCUGGCAGCCACCUGGACUGUACGCCUGAGCCACAGUAUGUACUGUCAUCCAGCCCAGCAGCUGCGACAAAGGAUCCCGGCAACAUAGAGCUCUGUUCUCCAAUCUGCAGGUGCUCGAAGACCAUGGUGGCUGAGGUCCUUCUCAUGAUCUUAACAUUGUUUUGCAAACAUCGUUUCACCUUUUCUGCUCUUGUUGACUUCCUGCAACUUUUGAACAUAACAUUUGGCUGUGAAGUGCUGCCUGGUUCAAAGUACCUGUUUAAUGGUCUGUUCUCCGUACCAUCUGACAUGAUGUCGAUCCAUGUCUAUUGCAACUACUGCUCUGCCUAUAUUGCUACAAAAGACGCACUUUUAAGCAAGCAUGUGACUUGUGCUCAGUGCCAAACUUCUGCACUUGUAGAAAAGUUGUCUUAUUUUAUCACUUUGCCUUUGGCUCCCCAGCUGAAACGCAUGCUAGAAAGCAAUCCUGAUAUUCAAAACAACCUGAAUUAUCGAUUCCGAAGGAAGAAGGAACACCAAUCUAACAUUGAGGACAUAUACGAUGGUGUCUUGUACAAACAACUUUCAAAGCCAGGUCAAAUUCUUGCGAGUGAAGACAAUCUUUCGUACACAUUUAAUUCUGAUGGUGCAUCUGUCUUCAAAUCAUCAAAUAUGUCCAUUUGGCCAAUUCAAGUAACGAUAAAUGAGCUCCCUCCGACUUUGCGACAAAAGAAUUUAUUACUGGCCGGUUUGUGGUGUGGCGGAAAAGACACAAACAUGGACAUGUUUUUCUCGAAAUUUGCUGAUGAUGCGGUCAGUUUGGCAACUGAGGGAUUCUCGUGGCAAAGGCAUGAUGGAACAGUUGUAAACAGCAAAGUCAUUGGACUUUGCUGUUGUGUUGACAGUGUAGCACGACCUAUCAUGCAGAAGACAACACAGUUCAAUGGGCAUCAUGGAUGCAGUUGGUGCUACCACCCUGGAGAGUAUAUUGAAAAUGCCAUGCGCUAUCCAGUCUCUCUACAGUCAUACUCUGAUCGAAGUGAUGUAGAAAUGGAACAGCAAAUGGAAACUGCUUUUCUUGAAAACAAGACUGUCUUUGGUGUGAAAGGACCAUCUGCACUCCUGUCUAUUCCAGCUUUUGGUAUUGUCUCUGGCUUUGUUCCAGAUUAUAUGCAUGCAGUUCUGUUGGGUGUUGCCAGACAGAUUACAGAGAUGUGGGUUACAUCUGCUCGGGAACCCUUUUACAUUGGAUCACCCAGAACAAUGAAUCUCAUUGACAGAAACCUUGAGAACAUUCGUCCUCCCAGGUCCAUUUCACGUUUGCCAAGGUCACUAACCAACCGGUGUCAGUGGAAGGCAUCAGAGUGGAAAUGUUGGCUUUUCUACUAUGCCAUACCAUGUCUCAAAGGGUGCCUUCCUGAACGUUACCUGAAACACUUCGCUCUUCUGUCAAAUGGUAUCUAUAUUCUUUUAAAGAACUCUAUAAGUAGAAGUGGCGUGAAUGAGGCUGAUAUUUUAUUAACCCAGUUUGUAUGUGGUGUACAAGAACUUUAUGGUUCCCAUGCGAUGACUUUUAAUGUUCAUGUUCUCUCGCAUAUGGCAAAGAGUGUCAAAGAGUGGGGCCCGCUGUGGGCACAUUCGGCCUUUCCGUUCGAGUCGGGCAAUGGCUUCCUUUUAAAGCUUUCGAAAGGGACCCGUAAAGUUCCCUUGCAAAUAGCCAAGAAUUUGUUGCUUUAUCGCUCUGUUUCAACAUUUGUCAACAAGUAUGGAAAAGACAAACAGGUUCGUCAGUUUUGCGCAAAACGUAUGGGUCACCAGGAUUUUACACCGAUGGCUUCAAGAACUCGUGUUAAGCUUUUAGGAAAAGGAAAGCUUGGUGCUAUUUCACAGAUUAUUAAUACGUUAUGCUUAGGGUUGCCAUCACAGCGAUUAAGAGCUUUUAAGAAGGUGUCCAUCAGUGGCGAAAUAUAUCACUCCAAGGAGUAUCUAUUGGCUAAGCGACAAAAUAACAGCUUUGUUCAAUUGAAAAAUGGAAAAGUAGGAGAAAUUAUACAGAUAUUAGCAUAUAAGGAAGGUCUAAAUGAGAAGAUUGUUAUUCUGUUUCAGGAACAUAAAAUUGAAGCCCCUUUUUAUGUACACCACGUGAAGGAGUGUUCUGUCUCCGAUGUAGUGACUGUUGUACCUGUUGAAAGCAUACACGUGAAAUGUCUCUAUAUAAAAGUGGGAGGGGGCGAGUACUUUUCGUUGUUGCCUAACCCAUACGAAAAGGAAUGAGUAGCUGGAUGAUUUUAAAUGACAUUGAGGGGGGGGGGGGGCGGCCUGUUGAUUUUAAUGCGAAAUCACCCACGUGUGGGACAUGGAGUUCAAAUAGGUCAAGCAAGAUUAAUAAUAGUGUGGUAUUUUCUGCUGAAAAAAUAAGAGCUUGUAAAAACCUGUUCCCAAAUAAAAUUUUGAUCCUGGCCUGA